GAGAUCUUCCGGCGCAUCAAGGCGAACCCUGAUCCAGACCUCAAGUUCGAAGUGCUGGCGUCCAUGGCGGCGCCCGCGCGACAGGUGCAGGACCUGCUCAUCCCCGCCGCCCAGCGGCCCAAGAAGGGACUCGACAUCCACGAGAACAAGCAGCUCGGCAUCUACAUCGACGGCGUGAGGACCCCGAAGCGCCCUGUCGACUCGUAUGAGGCGAUCGCCGCUGUGAUGGACGAG